UCCGUGGUGCGGCUGUGGCAUGAUCCCCAUUACAUAUACUGUGCCACGGCAUACAUGUGACCAAUCUCCCUCUCUCUCUCUCUCAUAAAAUUCUUUCUUAAACUUCCCCUGUUUCUAAGAAAUUCUCAAGACCCACUUUUUUUAGUUGCAGAAAUGGGUUCUUCCAACACCCUCUUUUUGGGUAUGCUCAUAUCUAUGUCUCUUGCCAUCUUCACUUCUGCUAAGGUGUAUGUGGUGUAUAUGGGUAGCAGUACAGAUACAGAAGAUCCAAAUGAAAUUUUGGUUCAAAACCAUCGAAUCCUUUCUUCUGUUCAUAGUGGCAGUAUCGAAGAAGCAAAGGCUUCUCAUUUGUACAGUUAUAAACAUGGUUUUAAAGGGUUUGCUGCCAAGUUAACUGCUGAUCAAGCUCUUCAAAUUGCCAAAAUGGAAGGAGUGGUAUCAGUGUUUGAGAAUACAAGGAGAAGACUGCACACAACACAUUCAUGGGAUUUCAUUGGUCUUGCUGGCAAAGAAGCUAUGGAAAUCCCAGGUUUUUCCACCAAGGACCAGGUUAAUGUCAUCAUUGGUUUCAUUGAUACAGGAAUUUGGCCAGAAUCACCAAGUUUCAGCGACACCGACAUGCCUCCUGUGCCAGCUGGAUGGAAAGGAACAUGCCAACCAGGGGAAGCCUUCAACUCUACAAAUUGCAACAGGAAAGUAAUAGGAGCAAGAUAUUACCAUAGUGGCUAUGAAGCCGAAGAACAUGCUAAACUGGAACACGAAGAAGAUGAUGAUCCAAGAAAGAAAGUAUCUUUUAGGUCUGCUAGAGAUAGCAAUGGUCAUGGAAGCCACACAGCCUCCACUGCUGCCGGCCGCUACGUGGAGAACAUGAACUAUAAGGGGUUGGCUGGUGGUGGAGCAAGAGGUGGUGCACCAAUGGCUAGGAUUGCAGUGUACAAGACCUGUUGGGAUUCAGGUUGCUAUGAUGCUGACAUAUUAGCUGCAUUUGAUGAUGCAGUCCGAGAUGGGGUUCACAUCGUGUCACUAUCCCUGGGGCCUGAUGCUCCUCAGGGAGACUAUUUCAAUGAUGCCAUCUCCAUUGGGUCAUUCCAUGCAGUUAGCCGUGGGAUAACUGUUGUUUCUUCUGUUGGUAAUGAAGGAACUAAAGGGUCUGCUACAAAUCUUGCUCCUUGGCUCAUCACCGUUGCAGCUAGUUCAACGGACAGAGAGUUCACAUCUAAACUUGUAAUGGGAAACGGUGCUAAAUUGAAGGGGGAAAGUCUUAGUGUACAUCAAAUGAGGGCCCCUGCAAGAAUCAUAUCUGCUUCAAUAGCAAAUAGGGGCUAUUUCACCCCUUAUCAAUCCAGUUACUGCUUAGAAAGCUCGUUAAACUACACAAAGACUAGAGGGAAGGUGUUGUUAUGUCGGCACGUAGAGCGCUCAACAGAGUCAAAGCUGGCCAAGAGCGAGGUAGUCAAAGCAGCCGGUGGAGUUGGAAUGAUCCUAAUAGAUGAAACUGACAAGGAUGUUGCCAUUCCAUUUGUGAUCCCGGCUGCCAUCAUCGGAAAAAGGAUGGGGAACAGGAUUUUAUCGUACAUUAAUAACACACGCAAUGCAACAUCAAGGAUUUUCGCUUCAAAUGCCAAAAUAGGAUCACAACAUGCCCCUCGAGUAGCAUCAUUCUCUUCUAAAGGUCCCAAUGCCUUAACCCCGGAAAUUUUAAAGCCUGAUGUUGCAGCUCCAGGACUGAAUAUCCUUGCAGCAUGGUCACCAGCAAUUGGACGAAUGAAGUUCAACAUUCUCUCUGGAACUUCCAUGGCUUGUCCACAUGUAACUGGUAUUGUAGCCUUGAUCAAAGCUGUUCAUCCCUCAUGGUCUCCAUCUGCAAUCAAAUCUUCAAUCAUGACAACGGCUACAGUUUUUGACRAGAACGGAAAACCCAUCAGGGUUGACCCUGAAGCAAGAAGGGGGAAUGCAUUUGACUAUGGCUCUGGUUUUCUGGACCCUACGACGGUGCUUGAACCUGGUCUUGUCUAUGAUGCAAAUCCCACAGACUACAAAGCUUUUCUUUGCUCAAUAGGUUAUAACGAGAAAUUGCUUCACCUGAUAACUAGGGACAACAGCACUUGCAAAAACAAAGCAUUCUCAACUCCCUCCAGCCUCAACUAUCCUGCAAUCUUAGUACCUAAACUCAAGUCAAGCUUCUCGGUUACUAGAACUUUGACAAAUGUUCAGAAGCAGAGACAAAGAACUACUUACAGAGCAGUGGUAGCUACUCCACACGGAAUUCAAGUCACUGUGCUCCCACACAGAUUAGUCUUCAACCACUAUGGCCAGAAAAUGAACUUCACUGUCACUUUCAAGAUCUCUGCACCUUCUCAGGGUUACGUGUUUGGUUACUUGCAAUGGAAAAACAAAAGGUCACGUGUUACUACACCUCUAGUUGUCCGAGCUGCACCUUCUAACUUGGGYGKRCUCGUCUAAUUAGAAGCCAAAGAUUUAUGCAAACACCACCGGCAUAGUGAGUGAUAGCAAGGCAGAAAGGAGUGGAACUAAGUUCCUGACAGUUCUCAGAGGAAAAUGUAGCUUACGACUAGCAAUUAUACAAAUAUGUUAUUAUUCUGUUUUGUGCAGUUUUCUUGAAUUAUACGGUGUAUAUCUGUUAACAUUAGAACAUUGUAUAUGAGGCAUUACUUGGAUUUUAUCAAACAUGCAGAUCACAAUCAAAUAGACGUGUGUGUGUCUGAUGGAUAGAAAACUACAAUUCAGCCACAAGUUUAAGAAUCAAUAGUUGGARCAUUCAAUCAAAAUGUAAGUUUUACAUACACAAUAAAGCUAUAAACCUGUUAACCUCUUAAAAUUUAGAAAGAAAAGCGAAAGAAGUAUC